AAGAGGUAGGGCGGAUGACGAAGGUGUAUCGAAAGCAAUAUACAAGCAAUUCAGUGUCUCGUCACCCAAAUUCAACCCCAUCUGAUGUUCAAGACUGCGAAGAGCGAAGUGCACCUGCUAAAUACAAAGAAUCACAUGCAAGAUGUACGCGUAGGAGCGACCGUUUGCAACCGCAACACUUUCGGACCGGCAGCCGUGAAUACAUCACCAACUGACACAAGCAAACAAGAACAUAAUUCACCAAGACCACACCCACUCUCCAAAACUCACAACACUCUACCUUUGAACUUGGAAGACAGGACCUAAGCUUCCCAAAACACAACCAUGUCCUCACUCACCAUCAUAUCGGCCGCGAUCCUUGUCCUCAUCGCCAUCUUCGCAGCCUACGUCUACCUAGUCGGCAUCCCACCCGAACUCAAACGCGACUUGGAGAGAAAAGCACUGCGAACAAUGGGUGAAAACAAAGCCUCGCAUCUCUUCCAAAGCCAACUGGACAGAGUGCCCGAUGGGCCAGCGGGGGAUGUGAAAGAGUUCAAGGAUGUGAAGAAAGGGUUGGGGAGUUUGGGAGGAGAGGCGUUGAAGAAUCCGCUUGGUGAGACAUUGGGUGAGACGGGAGAUGAGACGACGAGGCCAGUUACGGGGAGGUAGCUGGAGACGAUGAAAGACAACUAGCAGGGCGAGAGACGGAAGAUGCGAAGCAGGCUUAUUUGGUUACGAGACCAGAGAUCUGAUUGCCUCGGACGGAGAGCAGGCUCACAGCGAGGUCUGUCAAGUCCGACCCAAUCGUGAGCGUCAUUCAUAUACUGUAUUGCCAAGGGGUAUCUA